AUUCGCAUUUCACAGUUGUAUUGUGCACAUCACUAGUAUGUUUUAAUUUGUGGUUGAAAUAGAUGGACAUUGUUUUGUGAUUUAUAUUUUCAUUUAUUUAAACAAAUUAUUUACUAGUGUUUGUUAAAAAAGAAUGACCGCUGAAAACGAACGAGAGAUAUAUCACAAAUUGGAAGCAAUGAAAGAAAUCAGAAAUAAAACAAUAACCCUGGAGCGUUUGAAGCGGAGCAUACUAACCGAGGUGCGUAGUGGAGACCAGGAAGGGCGAUGUCUGGCGCAGUACAAGCGGGAAAUGGAAUUAUUACAGCAGGAGAAGAUGAGCCACGUCGAGGAACUGCGGCAGAUACACGCUGAUAUUAAUGCUAUGGAGACUGUGAUAAAGCAAACGGAGGAGAGCAUGUCGCGCAAGCUGUCGAACGCGUCGCGGCUGCACGAGGACUACCGGCCACUGAAGGCGGAGGUGGACCUGCUGCGGCGCCAGUGCCUCGGGCUCGAGCGCCUGCCCGACCUGCACGAGGAGGAGGGCAGCCCCAUCACACCCGACCGGUUCCCGGCGCUGCCGCGCGCGGCGCCCUUCGCGGCGCCGGCCCCGCGCAAGCCGCCGCCGCCGCCGCCCGCCUUCAGGUCUGCCCUACAACAAGAUUUCCUUACCGUCUCGCUGAGGCAGCAGCCGCCGCCGAUGAAGUCCUGCCUGUCGUGCCACCAGCAGAUCCACCGCAACGCGCCCAUCUGCCCACUCUGCAAGGCCAAGAGCCGCUCCAGGAAUCCUAAGAAACCUAAGAAGAAAUAGUGCGCCCGCGCAACCUGACUCACCUAACCCCCCCACCCCUCCCUCUUAUCCCCUCAUAACAUAUUAUUUCAUCCUAACAUAUUAUACAUUAGUAAAUUUAAUUGAUGAAGUCAGCGGGUAACACCUCCAUGGCAAUGAAAUGUCCUCACACUUAUGGCGCAAGUUAAGGGGCUCUCCAGUUGAGAAUCUGAUGCAUUAAUAUUAAGGGUCUAUAAACGUUAUUGAUAAUUUUAGGUUUCAAAAUGUGUAGAAAAUUUAUUUAUUACUUUUUACUGUAUAUUUCUACAUAUUUUUUUUAUAUUAAAUAGAAAAAAUGCGCACAUCGUUUAGAUUUAUAUGUACUAUGUACUGUCAUAAAAUUACAGUAUGUCUUUUUAUUUCAAUGUUAUAGUAAACCUUACCCUAAACUCGGUUUUAUUGUGAAGUGAUUAAUGUCAGUACCACAUACGCAGACCCUAUGAAAUUAGAUUUAAAUUAUGGAUUUACAGAAAAGUAAAUUGCACGAAUUACAUUUUAAACUAGUUGUAGCUUUCUAGAUUCAUGUGCUGUAUUUAUUUUGUACAAAUACAUGUUUGAGGUGUACUUAUUACUCUGUACAUAUUUUAGUGUGUUUAUAUUGGAGUUUCACAUAAACCUCUUAUUUGUAUCUUAGUAAAGAAUAUGUCUUUUAUUAAUAUUGAAUAUGGCUUUCCUUUCAAUUUAAUACAGACAAAUUUUCCUAGAGAAAAUUAGUUUGUUUUUUUUUGUUUCAGCCAUGUUUGUAAAGAUUUCUUGCAAUUUUAGCAUAUACAUGAAACUGUUGCCAACUGCUGUAAAAUAAGUGCCAAUAUAAUACUGUACAUAGUACUUAAUUUUAUUUAUAGUUUUAAGAUUAGAAUUACGUCUGUUUCUAUUUUUGUUGACUUUUUUCAUGCACGUUACUGCGUUUUAUUUACUCAUUAAUAGCUGUAAUUUCUAGAUAUAUAAACCAUAUGGCAUUUUUUUGCAUACGAUAAAUGAAAAUUAUAGAUUUCCUGCAACAUUGUUGCCUCACAAAUAUUACUCGAUUAUUUUUAUUAACUUAAGUGUUGCAAAGGAAUACUGACAAAAGAAACAUUAAUUUAUAACUAAUUAUAUAACUGGUCAGUUUUCUUUUAAUUCUUCCCCCACUGCGCCAAAAAGAGAGAAUAGGUACUUUCUGUAUGUUUAGAUUGAUUUUUGAAAAUUAUGGACUUUUUGCAACAAAAUUAUAUUAUCUAUAGAUUUGACGUAAAGAAGAAAAGUUGUCGCAGUUGGGUUCUUUGGUUUUUUUUUUAAAUAACUUGUUUAAUAAUAGUAAGUAAGUAUCAUUAAUUUCUAGUCCUUAGUAAGUAGGUGUAUUUGUGUCUGUAACCCCGGGGUCGUUGUGCGGGAGAAAUGAACGAAGAUUACUGUAAAUAUACCUUAAUGUGAAUAUUGUUUUGUAAUAAAUAUCUUAUAUGUGA